UCCUAAUUUGCAUAUCGCAUUUGUUCGUAUUCUUGACACAAAGAAAGAAUCAAGUGAGAGAAAGUAGUGAGAGAAAGGCAGAAAAGAAAGAAAGAAUGUUCCAUCACCCAAAGAAGCUGCCUUCUUCUAUGAAUCCAAAUGAAAGAACAAAUACUUCCAUGUGUGUUCAAAAUGACUCUGGUUUAGUCCUCACUACUGAUCCUAAACCUCGUCUUCGAUGGACCGUCGAGCUUCAUGAACGUUUUGUUGAUGCUGUUACUCAGCUUGGGGGACCUGAUAAGGCUACUCCUAAGACUAUUAUGAGAGUUAUGGGUGUUAAAGGUCUCACUUUGUACCAUCUCAAGAGUCAUCUUCAGAAAUUCAGGCUAGGAAAGCAGCCUCACAAGGAGUUCAACGAUCACUCGGUUAAAGACCAUGGUAUGCGAGCGUCUGCCUUGGAGCUUCAAAGAUCAAGUGCAUCAUCCUCCGGAUUAAUGCGGCCUAAUAUAAAUGACAGUAAUGUACACAUUAGUGAUGCAAUCAGGAUGCAAAUGGAGGUCCAGAGGAGACUUCAAGAACAGCUAGAGGUCCAAAGACACCUCCAACUAAGAAUUGAAGCACAAGGAAAAUACAUGCAAAACAUACUAGAGAAAGCAUGUCAAACCUUAGCAGGAGAAACUAACAUGGCAGCUACAUCAGCAAGUUACAAUAGCAAAGGCAUCCCCAAUAAUACUAAUACUAAUAAUAACCUUCUAAGCAACAACAACCCAUCAACAAUGGCGGCAGCUGAUCAUCAUUUAGGUCCAUCACUUAAAGAAUUUGGCCCCAUGAAUUUCCCUUCAUUUCAAGACCUUAACAUCUAUGGCGGAGAUCAACCAUUAGAUCUUCACCAAGGUAUGGACCGUUCUUCAUCGUUUGAGAAUUACAUGCAAGUACCAAAUGAUAAUAACCUUUGCUUAGGGAAGAAGAAACCCGACCCGUUUAACAAUAAUACUAAUAAUGGAAAAAGCCCUUUUAUUUGGGCUGAUGAUCAUGAUCUUCGUCUUCAAGAUCAUCAUCAUCAUGAUCACCAAGAUCCAUUUAAGGUUGAUAUUCAAAUCGGCCCACCCGAUCAUCAAAUCGAUUCAAUUUCGGAGAUUUAUGAAUCAAAGCCAUUGUUAGGAAGUGAUAUUUCAGUUGGAGGAACAGAGAAGAAAUUUGAAUCAACGAAUAAGUUAGAUGGGUUAUCACCUACAAGACAAGGUACUACUAUGGGAAGAAACUCUCCUUUUGGUUGAAGUUUCAUAAUUUUGGUAGGUUUAAUUUUAAUCUAAGGUUAUUUUCUUAAUUGUAAUAGUGAUCCAUAUAUUUUUGGUUUCUAAUUUUAGUUAUUUUAGUAGGGCUUUUAAUUAAUGACUUCAAUGAUGAAAAACAUUAAUUAUACGUGAGAGAAAUGAGGAGAUACAUGUUUACAUAUAUAUAGUGUAUAAUACAUGAAUUUUAC